CCAGGAGAGGUAUUUUACUAUCGCGGCGCACUUGCCGUUCCGCUUCUGACGGUGCUUUGCAGCAGUUGCAGUGAGAGUACGCGGCACGGCCACUACAGGCUACAGCACUAUCUUUUAGCGGUGAAAUCCUUUCAACCCCAUCCAUUCCGACUGCUCGUCGAGUCGUCGUCGUCAUCCUACCCACCUCAUCGACACGGAUCCAUAAAGAUCAUUCCGUUUGCUGCGAUAAGGAUCCACCUCACCAAGACAGAUCACGUUAGGAGUCUAUUUUUGAGGCGCCUAUUUUUUAGGCGUCUACUUUUUAGGCGCCUAUUUUUUAGGCCUCUAUUUUUGAGGCGCCUAAAGAAUUCAUUCCGUUUGCUGCGAUAAAGAUCCUCCUCACCACGACAGAUCACGUUAUCGCGGCUCCUCUUGCGUGCAGCGUACCACGUCCUGCGCAUAUCUAGCAGUUGGUUUCUGGCCAGCGCGAUUCGGCAAGUGUUUUCUCUUUGAAAAGAAUAGCCAUUUUCAGACGUCGCAGGUUUUUGUUACGUUUGUGAGACUACGCAGCUAACUAAAUUUCGGGUUUCCUUUAAUUGACUGGCGGCUGCUUGAAGAAAUGGAGUCUCGCGAAUCGUACAGCUGAGUAGCGCAACGAUUUCCCGCUUUUGACUUCCAGCAUCAGUAGCUUUUGAGUCGACUCAAAAGCAGUCUCGCGAAUCCGAAUCGUACGGCUGAGUCGCGCAACGAGUCCCCUCUUUCGACUUCCAGCAUCCGUAGCAUCAGGUCGAAUAUCAUCAGGUCGAAUAUCGUCAGGUCGAAUCUCGUCAGGUCGAAUAUCGUCAGGAUGAUACCGAAUCUCGCUGGCCAGUUAUUGCAUUGUCGGCAGAUUCGGAAGUGCUGUCCUGACUCCUGAAUCCAAUGAGUUGUCGCAUAGUAGUACUAUCUUACGGACCGCAUUUUGUGUUUCCCCUGUUUACCAAUACUGCUCCCCUUUUUUCAAGGAGCGGCCACUGCACAGUCUAACGCCAUGCCCCCGAUGUUUCUUGGAACGUCUACUCUAGCUCCCUCUGCAGUCACUCACGCCGCGCCACGUGUCCUUUCCAGAGUCCAGGCCACUUCAUGUAGAUUCCCUCCCAGAUCCGUCAUCUUUUCUGGACCAAUCAGAAUAAGCCACGCGGGCUCUCCCUUCAGCCCAGGCUCUCUGGCCUUCACCCCCAGAACCCGCCGUCUAGUUAAACGGCCUGCUGACAACUUUCUCAAUUCCCGACGGUCGUUUCUCGGGGACGUGCGAUCAAUCCGAUGCAAUGACUGGUCCGUCGAUGGCCGUUCCGUCAACACCCGUUCUGUCAAUGGCCGGUCCGUCAUCGUUCCGCUGCACGGCCGGAAUAGAACCAGUGUCGCGGCGUCUGCAGCGGCGGGAAUUGCGGCUGCGCCAGCAGCAGCAACGGGAGCAAUAGGAGCCAUCGGCCCUUUGCUCGCAGCAGUUGGAGUGAAUACGUCUGUUCUGCGCGCGUCCCUCGGAGCCUCCUUCAAGCUCUUCUCCAUGUGCGCGUUCAUCGUGUGGCUCAUGAAAGCCAAGAUUCUUCCCGAAACCACGCCCUCAGUGCUCAGUCAGGUGGCGUUUCAAGCCAUGAUCCCCUGCUUCCUCAUGACAAAGGUCGCUUCCACUCUCGCCGUUCAGCCCCUUGCAUCCCUGGCUGCCCUGCCCCUCGUCGCUGUGGUUCAGGUCCUCUGUGGUGCUGCUCUCGGUAAGCUUGUUUGCUCCAUCGCCUACCACCGUCCCUCCUCCCUCGCCUCCCCUCCCGCUGCUCGCCACAUCGCCUUCUCCGUCGCCCAAAGUCUCGGGCUAAGCCCCUCCGCUGCUGCCCAGCUUUCAGGCCUUCCCCCCCCUCCUCCUCCUCCUCCUCCUCCUCGUAGCAGCCAGGCCAGGUCUUCUGUAUGGGGGGGUAGCGCAAGGGGGGAAGGGGGGCGGGAGGGGAGAGGGGAGGGGGAGGUGGGUGGAGGGAAGGUGCGUGGGCGGGGAGUUUUGUCCGCGCCUGGGAUGGUUGGGGCGGCGGAGCGGGCGGCAGGGAGGAAGGAGGCGGUGGUGAUGUCAGCGUGUGCGUUUGGCAACUCGCUCACUCUGCCUCUUGUGUUCCUGGCCACGCUGCUGAGCAAAGCUGAUGCUGACAGGGCUGCUGGCUACCUUGCGCUCUUCAUGGUGGGCUGGUCUCCCACGUUUUGGACCCUGGGCUAUAGCAUGUUCACAGGGGGGGAUAGCCGGCAAAGGGAGGAGGAAGUGGCGAGUGCAGCUGCAGCAGCAGAGAUGGGAGGGACGGGGAUUGACAGCACUCUGAACCGUGUGGUUGAGGUGCUUAAGAAAGUACUCAACCCGCCUAUUUAUGGGGUGCUAGCCGGUCUGCUAAUAGGAGCCACGCCUCUCGGUCACUUCUUCCUUCCUGCGUCCUCUGCCUCUGCCUCUGCCUCUGCGUCUGCUGCUGUGUCUUCUGCCUCUUCGCUCACAGCAUCAGCCCCAUUAGCGUGGCUCUUCAGCCCUGCAACUGCAGGCAUUCUGCAUCCCCUGAUGGAGUCAGCAGCAAUCCUGGGGUCAGCCUGUGUGGCCGUGCAAGCAGUCGUGCUCGCAUCCUCCCUCGCCUCCUCCAUCCCCUCCCGCAUCUCCCUCUCCUGGCCCAAACCCCCCUCCUCCUCCUCCUCUCCCUCCUCGCCCUCCUCUCUUUCCUCCUCUCCCACCUCCGCAGCAGCGGCAGCAGUAUCAUCAGCUAUCGAUCAGCUGCUGCCACCACCGGCAGCUAACACCCAAGUCACUGCGCUCGUGCCCAUCCCUGUGCAAG